AUGUCGCACAGUCCGCUCAACUACAUGGACGGUGUUCCGGUGAAAAUAUCCGAGCGAUUUAAACCUCCGCCAAAGAUUGUGCUGCCGCAGGGGGUUGUGAACCGAUUGAACCAAUACGAUGUGGGACAGGUAAUGCAUGACUCAUGUUACGAUGGCGAACUGGAAGACACGGUACUUAAACGAAUAACGGAAUGGAAAGCGGUGAAAGAACGUGAUCGCUACGAACGGAAGGCUCGUUUACAGGCCAAGGAACACGAACGGAUGCGAGUGAUCGAGCAGGAACAGAAGCGCAAGCUAAAUCAAAUAUCAUACCCUAACACGGACGAGCUGUCCAGCGCUAGCGACGAUAAUGAUCCCGAUGGUGAGGGUCACACAACGGCACGGACGAUAAACGGGUCCGAGGAUGAUUACGAGGAAGAGAAUGAUGAGUCUGCCCCGUCCGGUUCGUCGGACGAGCGCACCAAUGCGAAAGCGUUCGAUCAUAUGAGCCAGCUGAGCUCGAUACUGGUACCGACUGUGAUACGGGACACAGUACCCAGUGCUGUGGACGCACCAGCUUCUUACCCAAAUGUGCUCGUUAAAGCAACUAUCAUUCCAAAGACGGCCAAGUCCGAUAUGGCGAUGCCGCCGAACGCUACAUUUGGGAGCAUCAACAAUAAUAAUAACAAUAAUUAUAAUAAAAUCAAUUACUCGGACUUCGAAAACGAUACGUCGAGUCCGUUCGAUAACAUGGAGUUGCGUACGAUCAAUGAUUUGGAUAUUUUAGCUCAAGUGUUGCAGCAAAACACUACUCUCACUAGCCCGGUGAAUGAGGUCGAAAAGCCAGAACCGCAGGAAUCGAACGAAACAAUGAAACAGACACAACCGGUGUCGGUAUCUUCGGCUGUACAUACCUCUGAACAGCGGCAACAACAGGAGCAGCCACAACUGCAGGCGCUUCAUAAUCCUGCUCCUAUAACAACUAACCCUUACAGCAGCACAGCAUACGGCGCGAAUCAGCAGUAUUCAAUGUAUCCGGCGCAGUACCAGCAACCUACUCAAACAACGAUUGCUUCGUCCGGUGUAAAUGAGUAUCUUCCGUCACCCUACAACGCGUACCAACCGUACAACAAUUAUGGCACCCAGUACGAAACCACGUCGUUAGCUGCUUCUUGCUAUUCGCCUGCUAAUGCUGUUGAUAGUCGCUAUUCCUUAACGAAUUAUGCCAGCUCAACGUAUCACGUUCCGCCGGUUACCCAAAAUCACCGGAACUCCUACGCACCGGUCGUCACAAACUACGCUUACGGAUAUCAGCAACAGCAGUCAUACGUUACUGCACCGUCCAGUUCAAUGGCGAGCGGUACCGGGACCUCUACCUAUGCUCCGAAUUACGGUUACAACAGCAACUCCAUAACGGCUCACAAGGAUGCUGGUGGAUACUAUACCAACUACCAGUCCGUUUCCUCGUCGAGUGAUGUAGCAGCAUAUCCUUCCAUCUAUACCACCGCGACCGGGACGCCAGAAGCGGGAACGACGGACACACAAACGGGACUGCGAUCAAAGUCUAGAAGCGUUCCGGAUAUUAUGCGACAGUUGGACGAUGAGGUGCAAGAUUCCGCGACUCGGCGUACACGAAACAAUAGUCAAACCAUUGCCGAUCGUCAGGCGGAAAGUAAUCAAUCUGCUGUAUCUAAUAACGUCGCCGAAAGGAGUACUGUCGACUACACUAUUUACAAUCAACUAACACAGUCGGAUCAAAACAUUGUGAAACGGAUCAGUUCUAUGGGAUUCCCACUGGAACGGGUGGUUUGGGUUUUGAAGCGCAUUGGAAACGAUGACAAAAAGAUCAUCGAACAUCUUAUACCGCUGAGUGAGCUGCUAGAUCUUGGCUUCGAGGGAGAGAAAAUCUCAGAUGCACUUCUGAAGUUUGGCAACAAUAAGCAUAAAGCGCUUGAUUAUUUGAUUUCGUAG